AUGUUGCUGGUACUUUGUCUACCAGACGAUAUCGUCCUUACAAUAUUUAAACACCUAUCACCUGAUGAAUGCAGUGAAAUUAUUACCAAUAUUGAAGACAUCCAUAUAGCUCAGCCAUUUGUCGACAAAUUAUAUCAGCGACUACUCAGUGGGAAGUUAUUGAUAACAAAUGAUCAACCCAAUCAUCGGUAUAUAGCAGACUAUCAACUAACACUAGAAAAGUUCCAAAACAAAUUUUUGGACACAUCCGUGGAAGCCUUGAUGUUUCGACUGACACGUCCAAAUUAUAUGGAAUUCAAUUUUACUAGACAGCAUUGUGACUACAUGAAUUUCAUUUAUAAUUUGAAGCAAUUUCAUGAGCUAUUGAAAGACCCAAAUUGUCAAGAAUACUUUCGAAAAGUAUUGCAAGUGAACAUGUAUCUUGAUGCUAACUUGGUCUUGAUUGAAAAUCCAGACAACUUAACAGCCAUCGUCAUCAAACUGGUAUUGGAAUUAAGUGACCACCCCGAACUUGCGUGCAAAGUGAAGCAUUUGACUAUAAAGGCAGGUGAUAUAGGGAAUAUGUGUGUGCCACAGUGGUCUCUUUUACUUCCCAAAUUCACUUCACUUGUUUCUUUGAAUAUGCUGCAGAAUUUACUCAAGAGUAACUAUGGACAAUACUUGGAUGUUUGGGGCCGACAGGAAAAAUUCCCCAACGGUUUGAAACUGUUAAACCUCAACUACAACAUGCUCACAUAUGUUUCUAAACAAUUUCUAUCAUGUCUUCCACACACAUUAGAAGAAUUACUAAUGAAUCAGAACGACAUAGAACUUGUCGAAAAUUGUGAUUUGGGAUUGCUUCUACCAAAUCUACGAAGAUGGGAACUCAAUUAUACCAAGUUAAGUGUCAUCAAUCCUCAGAUGAUAAUAUCUUGCAAGACAGGAUUCACCCUAGAAUUAAUGUCAACUUAUUUGCCGCAACCAGAUAUUAAUGAGCUACAAAGAAUAGCCCACGAAAAGUCUUUACAUAUUAUAGUAUAG